AUGCGGCUGCCCUCCAUCCUGCUCCUGGGGUUGCUUUACGUGGCGUACGUGCUGUUCGGUGGCUUCGUCUUCUGGAAGUUGGAGGGGAGCCAGAUGCUGGACACCAUGACGAGUGUCGAGAAGGUGAGGAUCAGCUUGAUGAGGAGGCUCCCCUGCGUCGACCAGGAAGCCAUAGACAACCUGUCCCAGGUGAUCCAGCAAGCCAGCAAGAGUGGCCUGAGUCUGAAAGGGAACCGUACCAUGGAUGGGUUCUGGAAGUUCACCAGCUCUUCAGUGUUUGCUGCGACUGUGGUAACAACCAUAGGCUAUGGAAACAUGAGCCCCAGCUCCACGUAUGGCCAGAUCUUCUGCGUGUUCUUUGCUCUGUUCGGAAUACCUCUCAACGUGGUGGUGCUGAACAAGGUGGGCAAGUACAUGCUCCUCAUCGAGAUGAACUUCUGCGAAUUCAUAACGACUAAGACUGGUCAUAAGCGAUGCAUCAAGGUGGUGAUCCACUCGCUGUCCUGCAUGAUUGGGACUGUCAUAUUCUUCGUGGUUCCCAUGCUGGUGUUUUCCAUGGAAGAAGGCUGGAGCUACUCUCAGUCCAUCUACUACUGCUUCAUCACCCUGAGCACCAUUGGCUUUGGGGACUAUGUGGCAGACAGCAAUCCCGACAGAACUUACCCCGAGUGGUACGGCUGCCUCACAGCCGUGUGGAUAUUCUUUGGCUUGGCCUGGCUGGCCCUCCUCAUCAACCACAGCAUUGACAUCCUGGAGGGCAUCAACGCUCACUUCAAGCAGGAGAAAAGUCAGCCCGAAGACGGUGGAAGAAACUCAAAUGACAGGUGCAGCGAGGAGGCCGAAGGGCAUUCGGCCAAACAUGACCUUGCCGAAGACCUGGUUCCCGAGCAGUGA